CGGUCCGGACCGGGAGAGAGGGGAGGACGGCUGAACGGGAGUGACGUAAGCGGGUCGUUUCACCCCACCCCUCCUCAUCCUCCCCGCCCCGCCCCAGGCCUGGUGACGACAGAUGCCGGGCGAUCCCGGACGCUGAUUGGCGCGAUCGGAGGCGCGCGGGGGACCGGCGUCGAGCGCCGGCGGAAUGUGGAGGAUAAAGGCCGCGGCGGGGAGAGUAUUUCACCGCUGGACUGUUACUGGCCCAUCAUCCUCACUGCGCCUGCCUCCUACUCACUCUGCUGAAGAUGAUGCGAUAAACUCCCCUCUGGUUUCAACGCAAUCUCAUUUCAAAAGCAGCUCAACAGAUUCUCAAAAUAAAGAAGAGAGAGAGAAGAGAGAAAAAGAGCAGAACGCUCGAUUUUGUUCCAAGCAGUUACCUCGUUUUUCUGGAUUGGAUGCUGUAGGAUGGGGUGCUGCUGCUGUGGUGCUUUUACAGUUUGCAAGACACCUUCAUCGUCAGUUCUGUCACCGCAGUGGUCCCCAGGAAAGUGAUGCAGCCUUGUCUUUCUCUGUUCAGAGCAUCGUUACAUCUACACUGGGACCAACCGGAAUAAAGUUCAAACAGUACAUUUUGCCUCAAUGUGUAACUCCACACUCCAUCAAUAACCCGAGAGUUGAGAAUUCUGUAUCAACAAGAUCAACCCCUCCUGCAAAUGUCAAAGCCGUGUAUUCAAGGACCAAGCAACAGGAGCAUAAUGAAAGUGUUGAGCAAGAUGAGCCACUGUUUAUAAAAGAUAUACAAGACUCAUUAUGCUCUGGUUCAACAAGUGAAAAUGGCCAGCAAGGAGACCUACAGAGAGAGGACCCAAAUCCAGAAGAAAUUUUAAACCGAGCCACAUCUAACUUGCAGGGAGCUGCAAAGUCCAGCAUUUCUUCAAUUUUAAACAUUAUUGGGCUGAAAAAUAUGAAAGCCAAAGACUACGAUAUGGCUUUCUCCUAUUUCAUGGUAGCAGCCAACCAAGGCUAUAGCAAAGCCCAGUACAAUGUUGGAGUCUGCUAUGAACUGGGGAAAGGCACUGUCAAAGAUAUCAAGAAGGCUGCUUUGUAUUACAGUUAUGCUGCUGCCCAAGGACACAACAUGGCCCAGUUCCGUUGGGCCCGGUACCUAUUGCAUGUCAAGCCAGAAAAACAGACCAGGGAUAUCCAAGAAGCUGUGCGACAGUUGGAAAAGGCAGCAAAAUCUGGACACAAAGAGGCCCAAGCCUAUCUUGGUGUAUUCUUUACAAAAGAGCCCCACAAAGAUCUACAUCAAGCUGCCAGAUACCUGAUGAUGGCAUCGGAAAGUGGGGAUACUGCAAGUCACUACAACCUGGGUAUUUGCUAUGAGAAAGGCUGGGGUGUGAUGAUGGACUUGCAACAAGCUGCUGAACUCUAUCAAAAGGCUGCAGCCCUUGAACAUGCUGACGCGCAGUGUGCUCUGGGAAUGUUGUACCAGCAAGGACUAGGAGGCCUCCCAGUAAGUUUUUCAAAAGCCAUUGAGUUGUAUCGAAGAGCAGCUCACUCAGGCAGUGACGAGGCUGCACAUAACCUGCAGUGCCUGAUGGAAAAUCUCCAGAUCAAAGGAAGUUUCAGUUUCUCCAAAGAGCAUACUGUCCUGAGGUCGGCGAUGUCCUCCCCUUGUCUUCCUUCUUUGGCUAGUCCCAGAUUGCCAAUCCCUCAGGAACGUCCACGUGGAGUCAUUGAAGACUGGGGAGGUUCCCAGCUGCAGGCAGGCAAGGCUUCAGAUCUAGCACACUCGUGGAGCAUGGGCAGUCUUCAUGUCUCACCACUUAGCAAUAGAAGCCUACUCUCCAAGGAUGGGCGACUGAGAUCAGCGAGUACCAUCUGCUUGCACCGUCAUUCGGAAGCCCUGGCAGGCAGGCAAGCAUGCCGCAGUGGUGUCACAGGCGUGGGAUGAUCUGAAUAGAGAGGUGGCCUCAUGCUGCUCUGUGUUCUGUGACUGGACAGUUCUUGUGCCACAAGGCUUAUAAUGUCCUAUGGUCACUUGUUCUAAGUGUAUUUACAGCUUGUCCAACACCAAAGAUUGUACAACUAUUGAAGAGCAGCAGAGUGGAGGGAUUUCCUGCAACAAAUGUUCUCAUACUGCCAUGACUGCCACUAGCUGUUGCUAUAAAAUACCAGACUGCAGACAGGUACAUGUUUAGCUAUUGGGGAAGCAAGAUGGCUCUUUCCACAGAGAUUUGCGCACAACACAACACGCACACAAGAUUACUUUCCUGGAACUCAAGCAUCUUAUUUUAAUGUAAAAUAAAGAACUCAGGAUGCUGGAGAUCUGAAACAUGAACAAAUUAUUGGAGAAACUCAGCAGGUCUGGGAGUAUGUGUAAGAAGAAAGCAGAGUUAUUAUUUCAAGAUCAGUGACUCUUCAUCAGAACAAUUCUGACGAAGAGUGACUGGUCUUGAGUUGUAACUCUGCUUUCUUCCCACAGGUUCUUCCAGACUUCUUGACGUCCACAGUCUUAUUAUAAUGUACAACUAUAAUACACAGGAGGAAUUUCCCGUGCAUGUCCAUACUUGGCUUGGGCCACUAUGGUUAUGCUGUCCCAGUUAAACUGAUGGCCUUCAUUGUCCCUGGGAAUUCCAAAAGGCAUGCUUCUCAACCCAUAAUGCAAUCAACAAACAUAUAGAAUUGGACCUCAUAUACAAACCCAUUCAGAACAAAACGGAAAUGACACUACUCACCAUAACGGACCGGUCAGUAUAGAUUCCAAGUGCAGUAGAACUACAUUGCCUCAUUGGAGGCCUCACCAAUGAUGUUACCUAGCAUGGUGAUGAAAUGUCUGAAUGAAAACAUGUCAGCUCGGCAAACAAAUCAGCGACCUGAAAUUCCUACCCUGAAAGGAAGUAAUCAAACGAAGUUUGUGCCAUUCAAACCUGGAAUAUCUUCCAUCAGUUGAACGCAGUACGCAUUUUCACGUUUGUUCCUAAUAACUGUAUCUGAACUAAAAUUUCACUAGCAAUUAGUUUGGUUGGAAUUUAGAAUUAAAUGUUUGUGCUAAAACUGCUGCAUUGUUGAUGGUUUGCACUGUAGUGGAAUACCUAUGGGUAAUAAGAUAUUUCUAUUUUGGUUACUGUUGAAAUAUCAAACAUAACUGUUAGUGCUAAUGCUGAUGCUGAAUGCCAAUCAUGCACAUUUAUUUUGUAACUUCUCAAUUGUAACAUUCAGCUCCUGGUGGUAACAAACGGUUGCUGAUGAAUUUCUGCUGCUGAGUGAUGUGAUCUUGCACUCCUGCUUUGGUCUGUAGUCUUUGAAGAGGUCACCAAAAUGAAUGAAUUGCUCAUUAUGUGGCUCUUGGUGGAACAAGAGUUUCCUUCAGACUGAUCUGUGUAAGAGUAAGAGAUUUCCUUAUUUGAACUCCUGUCAGCUUUGGAAUUCUCUCCCUAAAUACCUCUGCAUUUCCCUCUUGCUCCUUUAAGACACUACUUAAAGCCAGCUAUUUGGAUCAAGCUUUGGAUUACCUGUGCAAUAAGUCUUUAUGUGGCUUUAAUCAGGAUUUGUUUGACAAUUGCUCCUGUGAAGUUUUAUGACAUUA